AUGUUCCGACGAGACUUCUCUCAGGACUUCGAAGGUGUAAAAGACCCUCUCAUGGAGGCUAUUGCGUCUCAAGUAGAUCCACAAACUGUGAUAAACAUUAUCGAAACCCAAAGAAAGAGCCUUCGUCGUUUUGAGAAGACCAACGAAAUGCUAACAAACUGUACACAGCUGAGUGAACGACGCCUAGAAAGAGCUAGAAAAGAUGCAGCUAUUCACAAAGAGACAAUUAUGCAGAUGAAAGCGGACCUAGAGUUUAUUUUCAAGAAAAUUCGAUUGUUCAAGAGCACUCUAUCAGCAGCGUAUCCACAAGUAUACAAUGAAGUGGAAAAACAAUGCAAGGCGCAAUUUUCGGAAGAGAAGGAUGAAGAAUAAAUAAAUCAACAGAUAACUAGACUCAACAAUUUGGCCGCAGUAGAUAUUUUUCAAUGCUUUUUCUUUUUGGAUUUAUCCUCAUCAGAAGACGAAGUGCUUGAAUGUCUACGUUUUCUUUUACUUUUCUUAUGACGCUGAUGAGAGUGAGAUUCUUCACUGUCGGAUGACGAACUGCUG